AUGGUUGCCUUCAGGUUUCACCAAUACCAGGUGGUGGGGAGAGCGCUAUCUUUUGAAGCACAUGAGCAUCCGAAGAUCUAUUGAAUGAAACUCUGGGCUACCAAUGAAGUUCACGCCAGAUCCAAGUUCUGGUAUUUUUCGAGGAAGCUGAAGAAAGUUAAGAAGAGCAAUGGACAAAUUCUUGCCAUUAAUGAGAUUUUUGAGAAGAAUCCCACCAAGAUCAAGAACUAUGGGAUAUGGCUGCGGUAUCAGAGCAGAACUGGUUAUCACAACAUGUACAAGGAAUACAGAGACAUAACUCUUAACGGAGCUGUUGAACAAAUGUACACUGAAAUGGCAUCACGCCACAGGGUGAGGUUUCUAUGCAUCCAAAUUAUCAAGACAGCCACCAUUCCUGCAAAGCUUUGCAAGAGGAAGAGCACCAACCAGUUUCACAACUCAAAAAUCAAAUUCCCCUUGAUUUCUAAGGUGUUAAUGCCUCCAACCAGAAAGCUCAAGACAACAUACAAGGCAUCAAGGCCCAACUUAUUUGUAACUCUCGUCAUUGCGUGCUACUAACAUCAUCUAAAUGCCUUUCAAGUUGAUUAGUUUGUUAAACUAGUGAGGACUACAAAUGGGAAUUGUUUUUCUAUGGAUUUGUUUUUUAAAAA